CAGCACAGACCACGGGAGCAGCAACGGCACGGCAACAAACUUCUAUCCUGCAGGAACAACAGAAUCUUAAACCGUUCAACUGAUAUUAUUAUGUCGGAAAAAGAUAUUGCCAGGCAAGUAUUGCGUGGUUAUAUAGACAGGGAAAUCGACUUAGAAAACCAAUUAAAAGAGAUAUUGAUUAGGCGCAAGACGACAAUAGUGGUAGAAGAUGGAGACUUUUUUAAAAUCCGCCGGGAGCAAAUGGAAAAACAAAAGAAAAUUGCAAAAAAAAGGAAUGAAACGUUUUUAAAAGAUCUCGAACACACUACUGCAAAAUUAAGAGCAUCUCUAGCUUGCGACGAUCUCACCGACAAAAAGUUAGACAAUGAACGCAAAAAGUUUACAGAUUAUAUCAGACAAACACGUAAACAGUCUGUGUAAUUGUAAUACUUACAUUAUAUAUAGUAUACAUAUAUAUCUGUACAUGUGCCUUACAAGAAGCUGUUUUUGACGUGUAUAGAUACUGUGAUAUUUUAUCAACAAAUCAAAUUUUAUAGUAUGGAUUAAAUUUAAUAAUAUAGCUUUUUCACAAAUUAAAUGUAAAUACGUAGGAACAUUGUACAUAUUUAAUCAUUAUAAUAAGAAACCUUUUGAGAAAAUAAUACCAACAAAUCGUUACAUGCGAUUACGCAAUAUAGAAAAAAUUGUAAGCGAUUAAAGUUUCUUUUGUUGAUAUUGAUGUAUAAUUUUUUGUAGUUCUAUUUCUGUAAAUAUGUAUAAUUAUUGUAUAAUUUACCUACUUGAAGGUUAUAGUCUUGCGUUUACUGUGUAACAAUUUGACCUAUAAUUUCAUAGUUUAAAUAAAUCAUGAUUUACUUAUUUUUAGGGCUCGGAUUUCAAUGAUUUGCAUCUUUUGUAUGGAAUGUUUUAUACGAUGCUUUCCUAACUACAAAUGUAUUUCAAAUACUUCGUGUUCUGACUACAACAUUUUUAUGAAGCAUUUUUUGACAUUUUUAACCCAUUUUUAAUUUUUUAGGACGUUUUUGACCUAUUUCUCGUAUUAUGACUAAAAAAAUUGAUUGCAUUGAAAUAUAAAUACUACAUAGUACUUCGUAAUAUAAAUUAUUUUAAUUUUGAACAUAACAUCAGGUAAUCCAGUUUUAAAUUAGACAAGGCUGAAACUGUAAAUUUAUCUUAUCGUACAGUGUAAUGCAAAUGAAAUUUAAUUUUUAGUAUUAUAUUUUUUUACAUAAUAAUUUUAAUUUAUUUAAUAAAUAAAGCAUUUUUUUGAUAUUUUUAGGACACAUUUUAGAGUUUUUAGGUCAUAAAUACAUUUUUUGAAAAGGCGUUUAUAUUUGAGCCCUACUUAUUAUAUAAUGGUGUCGGUUUAAUUUACUUCCUAAUGCAAAGAUUCUUAAUUCUAUAAUACAUGUUUUUUUUAUCUUAGUCACAUUCACUUAUUGUUAUAAUAUUUUGUAAGUUUAAAAAUUAUGUAAUACAAAUUUCAAAUUAAAAUAAAAAAUUUAACGAUGUCAUA